AUGUGGAAAAUCUGCAGCGUCUGUUGCGCAUGGGGUCUACUGCUGCUAAUAUCCGAGGUUCGCACUCAGUCUCAACGGAGACCGACUUUUACGUGCGGAGGAAACAUAACGGGGGAAUCUGGUGUUAUCGGUAGCCAAGGAUACCCAGGAGUGUAUCCGCCAAAUACCAAGUGUGUCUGGAGAAUAACCGUCCCUGAGGGCAAGGUGGUUGUCCUUUCCUUCCGUUUCAUCGACUUGGAAAAUGACAAUUUGUGUCGCUACGACUAUGUGGAUGUUUACAGCGGGCAUGCCAAUGGACAACGUCUUGGCCGUUUCUGCGGCACGUUCACGCCUGGUGCCCUCGUCUCCACUGGCAACAAGAUGCUCAUACAGAUGGUGUCUGAUGCCAACACAGCAGGGAGUGGCUUUCUGGCUGUGUACUCUGCUGCUCAACCACACGAACGAGGAGAUCAGUACUGUGGGGGUCGGUUGGUAAAACCGUCUGGGUCUUUUAAGACCCCAAACUGGCCAGAGAAAGAUUAUCCAGCUGGAGUCACCUGUUCCUGGCACAUAGUGGCACCAAAAAAUCAGAUUAUAGAAGUUAAAUUUGAGAAAUUUGACGUGGAAAGAGACAACUACUGUCGUUAUGACUAUGUGGCAAUUUUUAACGGAGGAGAAAUUAACGACGCUAAGAGGAUUGGAAAGUACUGUGGAGACAGCCCACCAGCUCCAGUGUUCUCUGAGGGAAAUCAGCUCCUUAUUCAGUUCCUCUCAGACCUGAGUUUGACUGCAGAUGGCUUUAUCGGUCACUACAAGUUUAGACCCAAGAAGUUCACCAUCACCACAGUCCCACCAACCACUACAACGCAGCCAACAACCACCAGACCCAUACCUUUGAAGUAUUCUGCAGCGCUCUGUCGACAGAAAUGCAAACGGAAGGGAACCCCCGAGAGCCAUUACUGUUCCAGUAACUUUGUGAUUACAGGAACUGUUAUAAGUGCUGUGACCAGAGGGGGAAGCAUGUAUGCCACAAUCUCCAUAAUCAAUGUCUACAAGGAAGGAAACCUUGCCAUCCAACAAGCAGGCAAGACCAUGAGCACCAAGAUUGUCAUCCUAUGCAAGAAAUGCCCGUUUGUCAGACGAGGCUUAAACUACAUCUUCAUGGGCCAGGCAGAUGAGGAAGGCCGUGGGAUGAUUGCCCCUCAGCAUUUUGUCAUGGCCUUCAAGGCCAAGAACCAGAGGGCCUUCAACGUGCUGAAGAACAAGCAAUGCUAG